AUGGACGCAAGCAGUUAUUUCGUAAGUUGCGCUUUAGCUAAUGUCGAUGAUGAUGAGUUGAGCGUUGUAAUGUGUCAAACCAGAUUUUCAAGCAAGAAGUGUAACAAUGUGCAUGAACUGCGAGAUUUGGCCCUCAAUCUUACGGCAAGCGAAGGCAGUGACAUAGUAGCUGCCAAGAGUGUUAAAAUGAAAAGUUUACGAUGUUUUGCAGAUUCAGACCCUUUAAAAAUGUGGUAUGAACUUGUGAAGUUCUUGUCGGGCGGCUUUUUCGAAGUUAGUGAGAUCGAUCGAUUAUGGUCUCAAGACGGACACUGGAAAUUCCACUUUUUGACAGGCGAAUGGAAGCUGAUCUUUGAGAUACAGUUUGAAGGCUUCACUCAACGAUUUUGUGAACUAACCUUGGUGUCAGUACGAGAUGAGGAAUUGGAUCUUUUUCACUUGAGUUUGAAGCUAUUCAAGGACCAGCAAGAAGCAAAUGAGCGGAUCCACUUGUUGGAGCGUAAGUGCACUAGUUUGAAAGAUGAUAUUGAUCGCUUAAAUGAUGGCCAGACGGCAAGGAGUGCUAUGCUUCAAGAAAGAGACGAAAAGACCCGCGAUUUGAUAGUUGCAUUACUGAACGAAAAGAAGGCUAUGAUUAGGCAACUGCAAGAUCGGUUAGAAGAGAACAAAGGUCCUCUUGAUAUCCCAGAUGAGAUGCUAAUUAACAAGUAUGUUAGUCAGCCCGUCUCAAGAAUGACAUCGCCGCGAAAGAGGUCGGCUAUUGGCAAUUCAACUCCUUCGCCAAAGAAAAAAGCCAGAAAGCCAUACUUAAAGCAGGAAAAAUCCUGGGACGACUUCGUAGAUCAAGGGUUCGAAAUUCGAGGCAUAAACCGCGAGAAGACGCCCAAUCGUGGUGGUAUUAAUGAAGAGGGAAGUCCUGGAUUGCAAAUUCGUGAGAGUCCCAUGAAAGCAGGUACUACUUCUUCUUCGGUAGCUCAGACCAAUCUGUUACCAAACGAAAUCUUAUCGCAAUUCGAGAGCUCUGGAGCUGGCGAGCUUGCAAAUUUGGAACUGAGGAUCGCAAGUAAGGGUGCCAUAGAUGAUGAAAUCAAAGUCAAAAAUGGCACACAGUCAACAGCUGAAGGUCUGAGUGCCACCGAAGAUCUCCGAAAGCGAUCCGAACCUCUUGAGGUGAAAACGAAACAAGAAAUUUCUAGCAACAUCUUUGAAUCUCCUAACCCUUCAAUUUUGAAGAGUAAGCAAAGCGAUGGCUGGGAAGCUUCCAGAUUCGAAGGUUUAUCUGAAAACGAUACCAAUUCGAAGUCUGAUUCAGAGACGGAGACAGAGGCUAGUACGGGCGUCGAUGCAGAGGAUGAAAUGGAGAUAGAGACGGAGACAGAGUCAUGA